GACGACAAUCAGCAAAAGGGUUGCUGGGGCUUGGAAAGUUUAUGUAGGCUGCAAAAUGAAACAAAUCACCAUUUAACUGGCACAUUCAUAAUGAGGUUUCGUGCCACUCGACACACGAUCAAAUCACCUGAUUUUCAAAUCUGGGAUAGAUUUUACUGGGCAAAUAAUUUCAAUAUAAGUUGAAUUGCGGGCGGGAGGCGGUCAGUAGCUAAAAGAGGACAAUAAUUAAUUAGCUAAGACGAAGAAAUGCCUUUAAUACCACCUCCAUACAUGUUCUGACGCCUUUGGGUUUUUGAAGCGAAGCUCCACCUUUUCGAGCGGUUCGGGUGACCUCAGCAGUGGGCUGGAUUGGAAGGGUGGGAUUUCCAGGCUCUCGCAGAGCUCCGCGUACUGCUGCCUAUGAACGCCUUGGACCUAUGCGGCUUCAGCGACAGCGGAGAUCGGACUGCCUGUGCCACUCACCGCCGCAGAAAGGCCCGCAUAGAUACCCGCUGCGCGCUGGACGUUUCUUUCCCCCAUGCGCCUCCGAUCGGAAUAAAUAAUAGAGGAAUGUGGAGAAUACAGAAUGCCCAACAGCGCUGGAAAGAGAUUUAAACCCACCAAAUACAUCCCAGUGUCCACUGCAGCCACGCUCCUGGUGGGAUCGACCACUUUAUUCUUCGUUUUCACGUGUCCCUGGUUGAUGAAGGUAAUCUCUCCCGCUGUGCCUCUCUACAAUGGCGUGGUCUUCCUCUUUGUCUUGGCCAACUUCAGCAUGGCAACCUUCAUGGACCCCGGUAUUUACCCCCGAGCUGACGAGGAUGAGGACAAGGACGAUGAUUUCCGAGCGCCGCUUUACAAAAACGUGGAGAUCAAAGGCAUUCAGGUGCGGAUGAAGUGGUGUGCCACCUGCCACUUCUACAGGCCGCCUCGCUGCUCGCACUGCAGCGUCUGUGACAACUGUGUGGAGGACUUCGACCAUCACUGUCCCUGGGUGAACAACUGCAUCGGUCGGAGGAACUAUCGUUACUUCUUCCUCUUCUUGCUGUCGUUGAGCGUUCACAUGGUGGGAGUGUUCUCCUUCGGCCUCAUCUUUGUCCUCCACCACAAAGAAAAGCUGGGAGGACUUCACACCACUGUCACCAUGGUGGUGAUGUGUAUAGCAGGGCUCUUCUUCAUUCCAGUUAUGGGCCUCACAGGUUUCCACAUGGUGCUGGUAGCGCGGGGUCGAACAACUAAUGAACAGGUGACGGGCAAGUUUCGUGGAGGAGUAAAUCCAUUCACCAAGGGUUGCUGUGGCAACGUGGAGUAUGUCUUAUGCAGUCCCCUGGCACCCAGGUACGUGUUGGACCCCAGGAGGAGGCCCCACGUGAAAGUCCAGCCGCCGUUCAUCCGACCGGACCUCUCCGACAGGCAGAUCACCAUCAAGUCCAAAAGCAGCAUCGACGGCCUGGACGGCAAAGAAACCCAGCCGCCGCUGCCCCCCAAAGCUGACAGGUAUAAUCAGCUGAAAGGCCAGCUGACCUCGAGUGAAGAAAGUUCUCUUUCUGGGAAAACCCACCCUUCCACUCCAGCCAUGUACAGAUUCAGGCCAUCAUUUGGCACCAUGCCGAAAGUCCAUUACCACACUGCUGGAGAGAAGAUCAUUAUGCCAGAUGACCGAAAGAACUCAGCCAUCUUGGAAGAAGGCGUACGAGGUCAUGACUACCGAUCUGAGCCAAACCUCGACCUGCCUGAGUACGCCAACGCUCCGCUCCACCGCACUUUCCAGUCCUCGCCUCACCAGCUCGACUCUGAUCCCGGCAAUUCUCGGACGCUCAGCCUGAAGCAAGGUCACCGUCGGCUGGAGAAGGGCCAGCUGCAGGCACUGCCGCCCCAGACGCUCGCUUCCACUCCGUACAAGGGCGUUUUCUCUCCGAACACCCUCUCCAACCGCAACGGCAGUCUGUCCUACGACAGCCUGCUUAACCCCAGCCUCUCUCCAGCCGGCGCCAGCGAGUGCAUGGCUCACCGUGGCAUGCCCUCCGUGGGAUUCCAUUCACCCUACCUGCCCACCAAAAUGUGCCACAUCCGCGAGUCCGAGAUCCAUAGGCAACAGGUCGCUCAAACGUACAGUCCCGUGAUGCCGCCCAGGGGGAUGGGCAGACAAUCCCCCCACCUACGGGACAGGGAGCCGUCUCCGGUGCGCUACGAUAAUCUCUCGCAGACCAUCAUGGCCUCCAUCCAGGAGAGGAAAGAGAAAGAGGAGAGGGAGAAGCGGCAGAUGCUGCGCGGACGCUCCCAGACCCAUAUCUAUGCCCAGGACUCUGGCGGGUUGGACGCAGGUUAUGGCCUACCCGCCAACGCUGGCUUCUCAGACGGACCUCGCGGGCCUGGCUCCAGGGGCCCGACACCCCCGGCGUACGGAGGCUCCAGGGACAAUCUGAUGGGGGUCGGGCUGGCAAACUACGGCCAAAGGACCCCCGUGUUGCGCCACGCCGGCUCCACUCUUGGCCGGGCCCCCAGGACUUCCUCCACCUCCUUACACACAGAUCACAGCAGCAGCAACAGCAGCCAGGGCAGGGCCCCCGGCCACGAAGGCUCCUACCGCUCCCCUACCCACAAGCCCCACUCCCCAGCCAUGCCCCGAUCCCCCUCCUACUCCCACCAGAAACUCUCCUACAUCGGUGCUCACGAGAGGACAGACUCUCCUCGGUUAGGGGGCCAGAGAGACGCCAUGAAAGUCAACGGGCAGAUGGACUGCCACCUGAGCCCCGGGCGCCACGGUAACGUCAAAAAGGUGACAGGCGUCGGAGGCACCACGUACGAAAUAUCCGUGUGAGCUUCUAACGACGCCUCUCUUCUGGGGAGGAAGUCUCUUUUCGUCCAAUCAGGAGAUCUUGGUACCGACUGGUUUGAGUUAACCGUCCAAUCAGAGGAUCCGAUGGCGUGAGGCUGUCAAACCAACAACCGUAGGAAUCCGUGCUGAUGGAGAAGGAUUAAAAAAAAAAAAAUAGCUGCCACAAGCAGUGCUGUGUGUGUGUGUGUGUGUGUGUGUGUGUGUGUGUGUGAAGGCUUUUGUUGUCAAAACUUCUGACUCAUCAUCUUGUUGGGUUGAGUGGGAAGUCCGGCAGUCUGUGGUGAAGCUGCAGCUCUAGCCGGAGACCUCUUGGAAAGUGGACCUCUGCAAGAAGGCUCCUGCCCGAGAAUCGAUGGUGCUUCGCCCCCCCGCCCCGCCCCCCCCGUACUGUUUAUGUCGUCUUCGGGUUGUUGUGAUGAACGUUUGCGCGGCUCUGAGAAGUGAUGGUGGCAGUGUAAAAAAAAAACACGAAAAAACACAACAGGUGCGUCAAGAGCAGGUGAAAGAGUCCUCAUCCAGUCUGAUGGUUGCAUUCCAGAUUCAGUUAUUUUUGUUAAAAAAAAAAGAAGGAAAAAAAGAAAAGAAGGUAACUUUGUGUUUGUUACAGAAUAUUUUUUCUCAGGAAUUAAUGCAACAAGCGGACAUGCUAGUUGACAUGAAUUCAUAUAUCAUGAAUGUGUUUGUUGUUGUUUUUUUUCUUGAGUCUCAGCGCAGAUCUUUAGGGCUUAAACCUUGCCCCCCUCUCUCCCUCCUCUGCGAUAGGGGAGUGUGGGCCUGUACGCUCCGUUUUCAGAGGUUAGGAUGUGGUUCUGACCUGACCUGUAACACCGGCGCUGUUUAUGUUUGUGUUCUGAAACACCAGAAUACCUCGUCACAAUAUCUCUCACCGGUUUCAGAUGAGUCCAGAUUUGCACAGCCCCCCCACCCAAAAAAAAAAAAAA